UGUUGUCAACAGGAUAUAAACUAGGGAUGGGAAAGUCGAUCCGUCGAUUCUUCGAUACCCCGAUUUUUUGAUACAUAAUCGAUAAUCGAGGAUCGGCGAAAAUCACCGAUUAUUAAAAUUCUGCAGGAUGUAGACGUAAAGUGCUGCCUAGCAGCGGUUCAUCGCUGUCGUUGCAGUAAUUUUAGUCAGUUUUACAACUAAAUAAAUAACCAUAAACGAUAUAAUAAAUAAUAAAUGAAAUAUAACAUAGCUUACCACAGCUCAGUUGCCACAAUCCCGUAAGCGGGAACGGAGGUUGGCGAUUUCGUACUGUGCAUUUAGGGUUAUUUAUUUAUUAACGCAGUGUUAUCGUAUAAAGAAAUUGUAGCCCAACUUUUACUUGCUGAAUACACCCACAUUGGUAGCCAUGUGCACAAAAUUUCAAGAUUCUACUGAGAAGUGUGCCACGUUUUCUACGUUUCUAGUAUAUUUAUUCACUUGCGUUGUUGCAUAUUUAUUUUCGUCAAUGAUUUUUUUUGUUAACCAGCAUUUGUCUAUACAUGAACUUUCACAGGUUUGCCAACUUCCGGUACAGAUCUUAUUCUCAAUUACUUAACGAUAAAAUGCAAGAAUAAUGUGGCCAUAGCCCGUAACAUUUUACGAGUUACGUAUUUUCCGUAAUUUAUUUAAUAACAGUAAACAUUAAAUCACCAGUUAAUUACGCAACUUAAACAUAAAAUUUCAAUGGAUGUUUUUGAAACACGUUUUCAUUCCAGUAAGUUACCAGUACGGCAACUGUAGAAAUUUUCUUACAUGCUUUUGUUUCCAGUGAUGCUUCUUUGUUUGAAUGUUGGGUAAUGUUAGCGCAAUACGAAUAGUAAAAUAACAUUUUUAUUUACGUGAUGUCUAGUGAAGUGUGGAAAUACUUUGUCAUCGACCGACAAAAUUCUGGCUACGCAAUAUGUCAAAUCUGUAAAUGUACAAUCUCACGUGGCGGUAAAUCUAAAACUACAACAAACAUGAAAAAACAUCUCGAAAACAAGCAUGGGAGUUACGUUCAUGAGACGAAGAAACAAAGGCUACAUUCAUCGGAAUUGAGCGAGAUUGAAGAAAAUGAAAUAGAUGAUAGUUCAGCACAAAAUUGUUCUUCAGAGACAACCUUGCCAUUGUCAUCAAAUUCAGAUGUUAGGCCUACUGCUACUGAUUCAUCGAGAGGCAGCGGUUCAGUGUCCCCGAGGCAUGCUGAGAAAGUUGGCCAAACGAAUAUUUCAUCAAGAACACCAAACCAGUAUAGGCUAACUCCUAAAAGUCAAUACCAGCCUACAUUACAAUCAUUUAUUGAUAAAACUGCACAAUUCAAGUCCACUGAUCCUCGUGCAAAAUCAAUAACUCAGCACAUAGGUAGAAUGAUGUGCUUAGACAAUCGUCCUUUUAGCAUGGUUGAAGACAGAGGAUUCACAGAAUUUGUCAAAUUCCUUGAGCCUAGGUAUGUUUUGCCCAGCAGAAAACAUUUUUCAAAUACUGUUGUACCACACAUGUACCAAGAAUGUAGGGAAAAUGUGAACAAAAAGUUGGACGAAGCUGAACAUGUGAGUCUUACAACAGAUAUGUGGACUUCAACAGCCAAUGACGAUUAUCUUGGUCUAACUGUGCAUUUUGUUGAUUCCAAUUUUGUCUUGCAACACCUCAACAUUGGGGUUAUUCCCUUUCCUGAAUUAUCUCACACAGGGAACAAUUUGUGCAAUUUUAUCACAGAAACACUUGAAGAAUGGAAGCUGCAAUCUAAAGUUGUUGCCAUUGUAAGAGACAAUGCCAGGAACAUAACUGCUGGCCUAGAAUCAUCCGAAUAUGAACAUCUGCCAUGCCUAGCACAUACCCUGCAGCUUGUUGUAAAGGAAGGGCUACUGAACAACAAGAAUGUAAAUAAUCUGAUUGCCAACGGUCGUCGCAUAGUUGGCCAUUUCAAACAUUCUUGUAAGGCGACAAAAGAGUUAAAGAAGGCUCAAGCCAUGCUGAAAAUGAAAAAACAUAAACUUAUCCAGGAUGAACCAACGCGUUGGAAUUCAUCUCUCCAUAUGCUACAGCGCUUACUUGAGCAAAAACAGUCUGUUUCUUUAGCAUCAGCAACUCUGCAGUUACCUGUGACUUUUUCAUCAGCAGAAUGGAACCUGAUGACAAAUGUAGUAAACCUUUUAAGUAUUUUCAACCAUGCAACAUUGGCUGUAAGUACUCAGUGUGUGACAGCCUCAGAAGUCAUACCUAUAAUCAACAGUUCUACUGAAGAGCUAAGGAAACCAGCACCUACUGGAUCAGGUGUACAGGGCAUCAAAAAUGAUAUGCUUGCUGCCAUAACUUUGAAGUAUUCUGAUGUUGAAGAGAAUAUGUUGUACGCAGUUGCAACAUUACUGGACCCACGAUUUAAACACCAUGUUUUUGUGCAGGACGGUAAUGUCACAAAAGCGAAAGUUUUUUUGAUUGAAGAAGCAAGAAAAACUAUCUGUUUGAAACAACCUGAAACUGAGUCUGUGCCGCAAACAUCCAGCCAAGCAAUGGAAAGCCAUGGUAUGUGGACAUUUUACUCAAACAUAAUGAAGACUGCCCCAAGUGUAAGCCACAUCGCAUCAGUUGAAGAUGAGAUUAAUGUUUACUUGGAAGAACCUAUUCAAAAUUCAAGUACCAACGUUUUCCAGUAUUGGAAAGAAAAUACCAAGUACCCAUGUUUAAAAAAACUGUCAAAGAAAUUUCUUUGCAUUCCACCUUCAACUGUACAUUCCGAGCGAUUAUUCAGCACUGCAGGACUGAUUGUUGAUCAGAAACGGAACCGUUUAGAUCCUGAACGAGUCAAAAUGUUGGUUUUUUUAAAUAAGAAUUUGUGAUCUAAUAAGAAUUUAGGAUCUAAUAAGACUUUGUGAUCUAAUAAGAUGCUUUGCCAGUUUUCAUUUAUUAUUUUAAGAACUUUCAAUUUUAUUUUGUCAAAAGUGUUGUUUUUAUGAUAUUUCACUAUGUUGUCAUUUAUUUCAAAGGUAUAAAGAUUGAAUUUGGUAGUUUCUGGUUUUUUACAAUAUUUUUAAUAAUCACAACUUUUUGUGGCUAUUUAAAGUUUGAUUGAUAAAUGUUAAUGAUUGUACAUUUAGUAAUUAAUAUACUAUUUAUUAAAUUGUAUUCCAAUGAAAUUGUUAGUAUUUUGAUGACUUUACGACAAUUCACUUUUUAUUAGUACUACUGACCUAUUACUAAAUUACGUAUUCUCUUUUCAAAAUUACAUAUUCAACUGGAUUAAACAUAAUCCACAUAAAAAAUAAUGCUUGCCCUACACAUUACACAUUACAGAAUAGUAAUUUCAAUUUCUUUAUUUCAAGUAAUGUAAAGUUUUGUUUUAUGUGUUAAAUUUAAUAGUAUUUAUUUAUUAUUUUGAAAAAUGCUUUUUUAGUGUAUUCAAUAAGUAUGUUUACUGAUUCCAUUGUAACUUAUACUUCAAUCCCGAAAAUGAGAAUCUAUAACUUAACCUAAUUGAUUGGAAUCGAUAAUCGAUAAGAAUCGAUGAUCGCAACAAGACUCGAUAAUCGGUAUCGAAUCGAAAAUUUUGAAAAUUUCCCAUCCCUAAUAUAAACACCACAUAAUAUUCCAUGACAGGAAUAUGUUCAACAAACAAAGAAAAACAAAGAAAAAUGGACUAAGAGAACAAAAAAAAACCACAAAUGAUGACAGCACAAAAAUAUUGAACCCAAAAAAAUUCAGCACAACAGUUAAAACGAGACAAAAACACGACAAAACGAAAAGACGAAACAAACACAAUAGUUUUCCAAAAACAGAAGAGAACGUUUUUGUCUUUUGGGUAUUUUUUAGUUUUCUUCUACAGAAAAAGUGCUCAGCAAUGGCGUAUGUCCAAAAGCUUACAUCAAGCCAUGCACUCCCAUUGCACAAAUCUUUCAAAGAUAAUGUAUUUGUCUACUUAUUUGCCAGCAUGUUGUUGACUUACCUUGACAGUGGCCUGCAUUAUGAUUUAAUCCAAGUAAACAGUAGAUUUACUAG